AUGUCAACGUGCCUGGCGCUAAAUGGUGUCGCGUCUACCGAGCAAGUCUGCCCUGCUGGCCUGGCUUUUUCAAGCGACGCUUCUCCGCUGGACUUGACAGCGCUACCGGCGCUCGAACGCUUCAUCGACUGGCAACCCUGGGACCCUCUACACAUGCGUGACCUUCAUAAGCAGCUGUUGUACCCACCCACUCCGGGAUGUGGCGCCGACAUGGCAGCUAGACGCUUACAUCAUGUUUUUCUUCAGGUGCUGCAAAUGAUGGCAGUUCUCGAUGCUGCCGCGAUGUCAACGUGCCUGGCGCUAAAUGGUGUCGCGUCUACCGAGCAAGUCUGCCCUGCUGGCCUGGCUUUUUCAAGCGACGCUUCUCCGCUGGACUUGACAGCGCUACCGGCGCUCGAACGCUUCAUCGACUGGCAACCCUGGGACCCUCUACACAUGCGUGACCUUCAUAAGCAGCUGUUGUACCCACCCACUCCGGGAUCUGGCGCCGACAUGGCAGCUAGACGCUUACAUCAUGUUUUUCUUCAGAUUGCAUGCGCGACGCCAGUGGUGCUGGACUUUCUGGAAGCGGGCCGUGUCGGGCUUUCUGAAAAGCCUCUGUUCCCGUACACCGGCCCAUAUCGAGUGUGCCGCCAAGUGACCGACGUAACGUACGAAAUCGCUCCAUUGUCUUCGUCCCCAUCGGCUCAACCCCGCACCGACAUCGUGCACAUCGUUGUGCACCCUAUGGUUAAUCUGUCAAGGAUCUGCUGGGAGCACACCGGGAAAGGGUGCGCCACCUUGGACACGUCUUACUUCCAGGAAGCGAUCCUCAACAACCGGCUUCACAUCAUGAAGGACAUGAUAAAGUACUCCUACCCCAUCGAGAGCCUUGUUCUACAUUGCUUCAUGAAGACCACAGCGGACACCUGUCAGCCAUUUUCUUGCACCAAUAUGUGGUACAUCGAGUACUCCUACUACAAGACAGGCGUGUGUUACACCAUGGACCCAACGCACUCUGAAGUGUAUCGCUCGUGUGGAGAGCCUUGGAAAUACAGCGCCACGUUCAGGUUGGCGACCGAGCUCGAAGGAGUUCCGGCCAAGGAGGCUAUCAUGUCCGCCCUCUUGCACCAACAGGGACAGUUCACCGGUGGAGUCAGCAGCAGCGCCAUGUUCCGACCAGGGAAGCGCUACGUGCUAAGCGCACAGCAGACCAAUGUGUUAUCCCUAAAAACGCCAUAUGAGACUCAGUGCACUGACUAUGAAGAAAUGACUAGGCGGUUCAACUACACAAAGGACGUUAUUCAACAAGAGGAAUGCAGCGAAAAGUGCCUAGCCGACCAGUGGAAGAACCAGUGCGACUGUUACCCCAAACUCUACUCAAUGAAGCACGUUCUGAAAGGAAACCUAUGCGAAUACCUGGCCCACUUGAAGUGCAACGACUACAUGAAGACGAUGAACUGGCUACCUUACUGCCAGAACCAAUGUACCAGGCCGUGCAGAGAGGUGCGUUACAAGUCCUACAGCUUCCAGACAGGGAGUGUAAAGGAUUACAUUCAGUAUGAUAACAAGGAAAUAGAGGUGACCGUCGUCCUUGGCACAACGAAGCGACGGAUUGUGCAGACCCUUCCACGAAUGCUUGGCUCCGACCUCGUCACGUACUUCUCCGGUCAUGUGAGUAUGUGGCUAGGCGUCUCCCUCCUGCAAUUGGCCGACAUCCUCUGCAAUAUGUACAAGAAGCUCUGCUCUUUGAGAGAACCUGCAACUUCGAUGCUGACACCGUUUUAAGGACACAACGAAGAUGGAUCGCACAAACCAGUAGUUUACCAGAAGAAGUGUUUGUUAGCAAAUCUCAUUUCUUAUUUUCGUAUGCUUCGCGUGAAUAUUUAUUUUUUAGCUUCAAUUAAGCUACACUGUAGCUAUCGUAGUGCAGAUUUUAGAACACCUGGCUCACGAAGCAAAGAAAGGAUCUCACAGCUCUGCACGCAUAACUCGAGUGACAGUAAUGCGGUACUUGUAGGAGAUCCAAUCCUGUCUAGCUGCCUAAUGCUACUUUCUAUAGCUGAGGUCGACCCGCAUAGCUCAUCAGCAUAAU